AUGUUCGCUGCACGCGCCCUCACAAAACAUGUUCGCCUCCCCCGCGCCCGGCCAGUGGCCCGCGCCAUUUCCUCUUCGGCGUCGCGGCGGUCAGAUGCGCUCUUCGUUCAUCGAGACACUCCCUACAACAACCCGAAGGUGCCCUUCGAGUUCAACGCCGAGAACUUGAAGCGUGCACAAGAAAUCAUCUCCCACUACCCGCCCCAGUACAAGAAGGCCGCCGUCAUCCCCCUCCUCGACCUCGGCCAGCGCCAGAACAAGGGCUGGACCUCCAUCUCCGUCAUGAACUACAUCGCAAACCUCCUCGAGAUGCCGCCUAUGCGCGUCUACGAGGUCGCCACCUUCUACACCAUGUUCAACCGGGAACCGAUUGGCGAGCACUUUGUGCAGGUGUGCACAACUACCCCGUGCAUGCUCCGCGGCGCGUACGAUAUCUUGGACACGGUGUGCGGCCACCUCGGCGGUAUCAAGCCUGGAGAGACCACCAAGGACGGCAAGUUCACUGUCAUUGAGGUCGAGUGCCAGGGCGCGUGCUCGAAUGCACCCAUGCUCGUCGUUGGCGACGAUUUCUACGAGGAUUUGACCGCGGAGACGACGAAGAAGGUGCUGGAUGCGUUCGCGAAGGGCGAGAAGCCAAAGCCAGGGCCCCAGAGCGGCCGGCAUACGAGCGAGAACUCAGCCGGUCUCACGGCGCUCACAGAGAAGCCGUACGGCCCAGGGCAGCACUGCCAGCCGGAGUUUGCGUAG